AUGGAGAUUAAUAUGGAGUCCUCGCCGGACCCUGCUUCCAGCGACGCGGGAAACAGCGUCUCUAAACCGGCUACUCCAGUCAUGGACACGCCGGCGAACCUGGAGACCCUCCAAACCGACGACCACCACCAAACCCCUGUUAGAAGACAGAGUUGUUCCGGCUCCAGCAAAGGUAGAUAACAAAAUAUUUAGAUUUAAUACCGUGAGAAUUAUUUCCCAAAAAAUGCAGUGAAAUCUGUUGAAAAUGAAGGAGAAGGUGGAAGGACAACUUGAAAGUGCUUCCCUCUUGACUUGAAAGAGGCUGAGAUUCUUCUUUCUCUGGUCCAUUCCUUUAGACGAUUCUUCUUUCUCUGGUCUAUUAUUUUAGCAGAACUGUUCUUGAUUUAUUGUAUUCGAUAACAAUUAGACAACAUUUAACAAAAAGGCCUAUAUGAUUGACAGAUUUCCCGAUCACUUGUUAUAGCCACGAUUUAUGUGCUCAGUUGUUGCAUUUUUAAGAUGCUAUUUUGCCAAGCUAGCUGCGUGACAUUUGCUUUGGAUAUCCAUGCAAACAGUGACAUCAAUUCCUUCAGUGUAACUUCAAAAAGACUUGACUGUGUCGCCAUGAAGUUGAAACUAUGCUUCACAUUACAGCUGGACUGGCGGUCACACUGUACAAGUCCACACUCAAUCGUCUACUGUGGUAUUACUAAUGGUCAUUUGCAGUCUCACUAAGUAGAUUGUCCUUAUCCAUGCGUUGCAAUUUUUCCUGAUUGACAGUAUUUGUAUUGUAUUUAAAUACAUGACAUAAUAUAGAAAUUGUGUUUUUACAGGACAGACAGUACAGCCACACCCCCCUUCUUCCUGUUACGCAGCGAAUUCAAGUUCACUUCAAAUUGACACAAUCUGUUUAAUUUUGACAUAACGUUUGGGUUAUCUAUGUAGGCUAUAUGUCAACCGUUCAUAUAUCAUGUCAAAAUUCCUUCUGUUAUAUUGCCUGGCCGUUGAGUGACUACAGUGAGCUGGUUCAGAGCAGAGAGCUGACUGUUAUGUAACACCCUUGGAGCGACCGAAAAUCACAGAGAGAGAGAGAGAGAGAUAUCUAUUCCACUUGCUUUGGCAAUGUAAACAUGUGUUUCCCCAUGCCAAUAAAUCCCUUUGGAUUGAAUUGAGGGGAGAGAGGUCUCCCAGUGAUGUCCUUCUGGUGUAAAUGUUUCUGGACCAGUUAGUUUUACCCUCUAUAGUGCUCUAAUUGCACGACGUUUGUCUCUUAAGAAUUGUGCGGAAUAAUAUAUUAUUUGCUAACCAGCAUAUAGCUACAAGGAGAUAUCAGAGAGAGCUGAGAGAUUGUAAAGUUGGUGUGGCCAUGUACAGCAGCACCAGCAUGGGUAGUUGUAUUAUGUAACAGGGGACAGACAGUUUCACAGGGAUUCAGGCCGGCUGCCAGAACUCAGACAGGACUGUUUAAAUGGUUUGAGUUGGCAGCUAGAUGAAGAAGCAGUGUUAGACCUAGCCUGCUAACCCACAUUCUCCACUGUUUCUGCUAAGUAUUUACAAGUAGUCUACAUUCUAAGAAGAUUCUAGACAAGCAUCUUGAUUGAGUUGUUCUUGGAAAAUGUUUAACGUGGAGGGACAUUUUAAUAGGCUGAAAAAUAUAUACUGUCUUCUGUAUCAAAUCAGAUGCCUACAUUGUUCAUGGUGUACUGUAGAUGCGAUCAUGGUUAAUGAAUUAAGUUAGUUAUUUUUAUACCAACUUUCUUAUGGGAAGUUUUCCCUCUGUAUUAUAUUCUAUUCUAUGCAGUCUGUAUUAAAAUGAGAUGUUCCAACACAAAACAGAACUCAGUCAAUAUUAAAGUUCAGUCUGAGGUUUUCUAUUCGACUUGGAAGUCUGCUGUUUAGCUUUUGAAUAGAGACUUGCCAUUCAAUCACUCAAUUUCAAGGUGCAGAUUUUCCCCUGCUGUCACAGAGAGGCCUAGCUGGCUUUAAUAAAUGAACCUGAAGCGAAGGUAUAAACACUACUAUCUGGACCCAGGCCUGUACUGUACAAGCAGGUGCAGACAAAAGAAUGCAGCCGGCACUACAUUCUCAACAGAGUAGUACUGUAUUGGAUAGCAGUAGUUCGGCACUACAUUCUCAACAGAGUAGUACUGUAUUGGAUAGCAGUAGUUCUACACUACAUUCUCAACAGAGUAGUACUGUAUUGGAUAGCAGUAGUCGGCACUACAUUCUCAACAGAGUAGUACUGUAUUGGGAUAGCAGUAGUUCUACACUACAUUCUCAGCAGAGUAGUACUGUAUUGGAUAGCAGUAGUUCUACACUACAUUCUCAGCAGAGUAGUACUGUAUUGGAUAGCAGUAGUUCUACACUACAUUCUCAACAGAGUAGUACUGUAUUGGAUAGCAGUAGUUCUACACUACAUUUAAAAAAGUGACUGUAUUGGAACAUAUCUACACUAAUUCAAAGAGAGUACUUAUUGGAUAGCAAGAUUUCACACUUUUUUAACAGAGUGACGAUUGGAAGAGAGUUUCAAAUUUUAUUUAAAAAUUGUCUGUUUUGUGAUAUUUAACAUCUCACAUCUUCUAUUUUUUUCAUUUGAAAAACCCCGCGGCCCGGUAAUUUUGGGUGCCCCAGUGUUUUUUUCCGCUUGGGGCCAGGGCAAGAACGCAAAAGAUUUUUGUCCAGGCUGGGUAGUGGUAUUGGUAUUUAUAAGCGAAGCCUCAGUCGGGGCCUUUUUGGGACUCGUGGGGCCCGGGGUGUUUUUUUUUGGGAACCAAACAAAAACCAAACGGAAAAAAACGGAACCAAACGGCCCCAAAAAUGUUGGGGGAGUCCCUACAUUUCCCCCAAUAGAAACUUAAAAUUUCCUGAAAAAAUUUUUUUUCCCCCGUUGGAGAAAUGGGUUUUCCCCGGCAAAACGUUUUGGACUAAUGAUUACACCCCUGGAAUGUCAUAUGUUUACACGACACUGGCAUAAGUGAAGCCGCAGUACGUUCUACGGAUGGGAACUAGUGGGUGCUGGAGUGGCAUGUGUUUACACAACACUGACACAAGAUGGAUGGGGAUGUGGGGUUGGUAACUAAGGGGCUGGAACAGGGUUGGGUUAAAGCUGUUGUAAACCUCAGGAACACUGGCAGAGUGCAGAAGGGUAAAGCCCUCUCCUAGUCAGGCUGGUAGUAACACUGGCAGAGUGCAGAAGGGUAAAGCCCUCUCCUAGUCAGGCUGGUAGUAACACUGGCAGAGUGCAGAAGGGUAAAGCCCUCUCCUAGUCAGGCUGGUAGUAACACUGGCAGAGUGCAGAAGGGUAAAGCCCUCUCCUAGUCAGGCUGGUAGGAAACACUGGCAGAGUGCAGAAGGGUUAAAGCCCUCUCUAGGUAAGGCUGGUAGUUACACUGGCAGAGUAAGCCCUCCUAGGUAAGGCUGGUAGUUACCCAGAAGGGUAAGCCUCUCUAGGCAGGCUGGGUAGUAUACACUGGGCAGAGUGCAGAGGGUAAACCCUCUCCUAGUCAGGCUGGUUAAAACUGGGCGUGCAGAAGGGGGAAAGCCCCCCCCUAGUCAGGCGGUGUAAAAUGGGCAGAGUGCAGAAGGAUAAAACCUUCCUAUACUGGUAUAACACUGGCGAGGCAGAAGGGGAAAGCCCCCCCCAGUAGGCGGGAGUAAAAAAUGGGGAGUGCAGAAGGGUAAACCCCCCCUAGUCGGCUGGUAGUAAAAUGGGAAGUGCAGAAGGGGAAAACCUCUCCUAGUAGGCUGGUAUAACCGGCAGAGUGAAAGGGUAAAAAACCCCCUCCUAGUAGGGGUUGGGAGAAAAGGGAAGUCAAAGGGUUUUAAAACCCUCUCCUAGUCGGUGUAGUAACACUGGUGCAGUGGGGUCUAAACCCUCUCCUAUGGGGUAGUAAAACCGGGGUGCCGUGUAGGGGGAAAGCCUCUUACAGGUGGUUAACACUGGUGAUGGUAAGGUCAAAGCCCUUCCUAGUCAGGCUGGUAGUAACACUGGGAUAGUCAGAAGGGUAAGCCCCUUUCCUAGUGGUGGUAGUAAACACGGCAGAGGCAGAAGGGUUUAAACCCCCCUCCCCAGUGGCUGGUAGGAACAUGGGAGAGUGAGAAGGGGGGUAAAAACCCCUCCUAGUCAGCUGGUAUAACAAAAUGGUUGAGUGGUAGGGUUUAAAACCCCCCUCCCAGUCAGGCUGGUAGUAACACUGGCGAGGUUCGAAGGGGGAAAGCCCUUCUAGUGGCUGGUAUUUAAAACCCGGCCGAGGGGCCCAAAAGGGGAAAACCCCUCCAUCGGUGGUAGAACAUGGGGAAGGGGGCGAAGGGUAA